CAGUGAUGGUCAGUGCUGCAGACACUUUAAGCAGCUAUAGAAACUUUAUUUAUGGCAUGCUUUUAAUUAUUUAUGCUGAUUUAUGGAAAUGACUCUAUGACUCCAUCUGGUGUUUUAUCCACUUUUGAGCAUGCAUGAACUAUUUGUACAUGAAAGGAGUUGACUUGGCAUCCUCUAAUGGACCUACAGCAUGACACAGACAUUGUUUUUUCCUCUCUCUUUAAUUUGUCACCCUUCUGUAUUGCUUAUUACAUGGCGCCAAAUGAAAUUUGAAACCGGAAGUUGGCCCCGAAAUUUGCCGGAAGUUCCCCCCCAGAGCUUGUUGUUUUUGUUGCUAGUAGAGGGAUUGUGGUGAAAAAUGGCGACGUCUCGUCGCGCUUCCCAGCAGCAACACCAGAACUUAUCUUCGCCUCCGCGUAUCGCCUCAAAUUCUCUCACUCCGCCUGGAUCUCCUCCGGGUGCCGGCGUCCCGAACAUAUCUCCUCCGGCCGGAGGCGAGCAGGACAGUGCCGGAGAUGCGGACCCAAGCGCGGCCUCCUCCCCCGCUCCGCUCCGCAGCGCUAGCAGCACUAGCAGCAGCAGCACCAGCACUAGCAGUGCUAGCUCCCCGAGCACCACGGGAGGCUCCAGCCCGGAUUCAGCCAGCACGAGCCCAGGCGGCGGCUGCGCGAGUAGCGGCGCUUUUCGGGAGCUGUUCGAGGCCUGCCGAAAUGGAGACGUGUCUCGGGUGAAACGGCUGGUGGAUUCGGUGAACGUUAACUCUAAGGACAUGGCUGGGCGCAAAUCCACUCCACUGCACUUCGCUGCAGGCUUUGGGAGGAAGGAUGUGGUGGAGCAUCUUCUGCAGACGGGAGCAAACGUGCACGCCCGAGACGAUGGAGGUCUGAUCCCUCUCCACAACGCCUGCUCAUUCGGCCACGCCGAGGUGGUGAGCUUGCUGCUGUGCCAAGGAGCCGACCCCAACGCCAGAGACAACUGGAACUACACGCCACUCCACGAGGCUGCCAUCAAGGGCAAAAUCGACGUGUGUAUAGUGCUGCUCCAGCACGGGGCCGACGCCAACAUCCGCAACACCGACGGCAAAUCAGCGCUGGACCUGGCCGAGCCAUCUGCCAAAGCCGUGCUCACCGGCGAAUACAAGAAGGACGAACUGCUGGAAGCGGCGAGGAGCGGAAAUGAAGAGAAACUCAUGGCCCUGCUCACCCCGCUCAACGUCAACUGCCACGCCAGUGACGGACGCAAGUCGACAUCUCAAAAAAUGCUGUCGACUCCACUACAUUUGGCAGCGGGAUACAACCGAGUCCGAAUCGUCCAGCUCCUCCUGCAGCAUGGCGCCGACGUGCACGCAAAGGACAAGGGUGGUCUCGUCCCGCUGCACAACGCCUGCUCCUACGGUCACUAUGAAGUCACAGAGCUGCUGCUUAAACAUGGUGCAUGUGUGAAUGCUAUGGACCUGUGGCAGUUUACCCCCCUGCACGAGGCAGCGUCCAAGAACCGUGUAGAAGUUUGUUCCCUCCUGCUGAGUCACGGGGCCGAUCCCACACUGGUCAACUGUCACGGCAAGAGCGCAGUGGACAUGGCCCCCACACCCGAGCUCAAAGAGAGACUCACCUACGAGUUUAAGGGUCACUCGCUGCUCCAGGCCGCACGCGAGGCCGACAUGGCCAAAGUGAAGAAGACGCUCGCUCUGGAGAUCAUCAACUUCAAACACCCACAGACCCAUGAGACUGCGCUGCAUUGUGCUGUUGCCUCGCCACACCCCAAAAGGAAGCAGGUCACCGAGCUGCUGCUGCGGAAAGGCGCCAACGUCAACGAGAAGAACAAAGACUUUAUGACUCCUCUGCAUGUGGCAGCUGAGAGAGCUCACAAUGACAUCCUGGAGGUGCUUCAGAAACAUGGGGCCAAGAUGAAUGCUGUGGACACGCUGGGACAGACGGCUCUGCACCGGGCGGCUCUGGCCGGUCAUCUGCAGACGUGUCGGUUGCUGCUGAGUUACGGCGCGGAUCCAGCCGUCGUCUCGCUGCAGGGCUUCACCGCCGCACAGAUGGGCAACGAAGCUGUCCAGCAAAUCCUCAACGAAAACAUUCCAGUGAGGAACUCGGACGUAGACUACAGGCUUUUAGAGGCAGCUAAAGCAGGAGACCUGGACACUGUGAAGCAACUGUGCUCUGCUCAGAAUGUGAACUGCAGAGAUCUGGAGGGACGUCACUCCACGCCGCUGCACUUUGCGGCAGGCUACAAUCGCGUAGCUGUGGUGGAGUACCUGCUGCAUCAUGGCGCAGAUGUCCACGCCAAAGACAAAGGAGGUCUGGUGCCGCUGCACAACGCCUGCUCAUACGGGCAUUACGAAGUGGCCGAGCUGCUGGUGAGGCACGGGGCAUCUGUGAACGUGGCCGAUCUGUGGAAGUUUACUCCGCUGCACGAAGCUGCUGCCAAGGGCAAAUACGAGAUCUGUAAACUGCUUCUGAAGCACGGCGCUGACCCGACAAAGAAAAACCGGGACGGAAACACGCCCCUAGAUAUGGUGAAGGAAGGGGACACGGAUAUCCAGGACCUGCUGAGAGGAGACGCUGCCCUGCUGGAUGCCGCAAAGAAAGGCUGCUUGGCUCGCGUGCAGAAACUCUGCAGCCCCGAGAAUAUCAACUGCAGAGACACGCAGGGACGCAACUCUACCCCGCUACACCUGGCAGCGGGUUAUAAUAACCUGGAGGUAGCGGAGUAUCUACUAGAGCACGGCGCAGACGUGAACGCACAGGACAAAGGCGGCCUCAUUCCCCUCCACAACGCAGCCUCAUACGGACAUGUGGAUAUUGCGGCUCUGCUGAUCAAGUACAACACAUGUGUGAAUGCCACAGAUAAGUGGGCAUUCACUCCUCUCCACGAGGCUGCACAAAAGGGACGCACCCAGCUGUGUGCCCUGCUGCUGGCACACGGAGCCGACCCCACCAUGAAAAACCAGGAGGGCCAGACGCCCCUCGACCUCGCCACGGCUGAUGAUAUCCGGGCUCUGCUGAUUGAUGCCAUGCCUCCUGAUGCCCUUCCCAGCUGCUUUAAGCCUCAAGCCACAGUGGUGAGCGCCACUGUGAUUUCACCUGCCUCCACGCCGUCCUGCCUGUCAGCUGCCAGCAGCAUCGAUAACCUGGCCGGCCCAUUGGCUGAGCUCUCGGCGUCCGGAGCAUCGGGGCCUGCAGACGGAGCCACAGGGGCUGAGAGGAAAGAAGGAGAGAUUACCAUCCUGGAUAUGAACAUCAGCCAGUUCCUGAAGAGUUUGGGCCUUGAGCAUCUGCGGGAUAUUUUCGAGAGGGAGCAGAUCACUCUGGACGUGCUGGCUGAUAUGGGCCAUGAGGAGCUGAAGGAGAUUGGCAUCAAUGCGUACGGUCACCGCCACAAGCUUAUCAAAGGCAUCGAGAGACUGCUGGGCGGUCAGCAAGGUGCCAAUCCAUACCUGACAUUCCACUGCGCGAGUCAGGGCACAGUCCUGAUUGACCUGGCACCGGAUGAUAAAGAGUUUCAGUCUGUCGAAGAGGAGCUGCAGAGCACGAUCAGAGAGCACAGAGAUGGGGGAAACGCCGGCGGAGUCUUCAGCAGGUACAACAUCCUGAAGAUCCAGAAGGUGGUGAAUAAGAAGCUGAGAGAGAGAUAUGCACACAGACAGAAAGAGAUCGCAGACGAAAACCACAACCACCACAACGAGCGCAUGCUAUUCCAUGGCUCUCCUUUCAUUAACGCCAUCAUCCACAAAGGUUUUGACGAGAGACACGCCUACAUUGGGGGAAUGUUCGGAGCGGGGAUCUACUUUGCUGAGAAUUCAUCCAAGAGCAACCAAUAUGUGUACGGUAUCGGCGGCGGCACCGGCUGCCCCACACACAAAGACCGCUCCUGUUACGUCUGCCACAGGCAAAUGCUGUUCUGCCGCGUCACCCUGGGUAAAUCCUUCCUGCAGUUCAGUGCCAUGAAAAUGGCCCAUGCACCUCCGGGGCACCACUCGGUCAUCGGGCGGCCCAGCGUCAAUGGCCUGGCCUACGCUGAGUACGUCAUCUACAGAGGAGAGCAGGCGUACCCGGAGUACCUCAUCACAUACCAGAUCGUGAAGCCGGAGAGCACGGCGCAGCCGCCGGCCGCAGCAGAGCAGAAAUCUUGAGUGUCCAGAGCUCAUAUCGCGCACAUUGCUCAGACUGUUACACUCCCCUUUACACAUAUUCUGGCCUCCAGCUGAUCCUCAUCUUUGUCCAGCCUUUACCUGACCUCUCUGUCUCAUAUCUCACAUAGCUCAUACCUGCAGCGUUAAUGUUUUCAAGCAACCCUCCUCCACUAGGUGUUUCCUGGGUCAGAGGUCACAGGUCAGAGGGUUGAGAACUGAAGUGAUGGAAGACAAGUGACACUUUUUCCUUUCUUUUUUUUUCCCCAUUUAGUACUGGUUUAAUCAGUACACAUUUCUCUUCCCCUUUUUGCCAGUGCUUUGUUUCUUUAAACCAUUUUAUUGUGAAUUAUUUUAAACCUAACACACUACAAGAUGGACCACAUCACAUUAAUGCUCUAGGGACCUGCCAUGUUUGUUUUUUUUUCUCCAUAAUAGUGUUCCAUGGAGCCUCUCGUCUCUGAUCUCUGACUGUUUUUUAUUUAUUUUUUUUUUAUUUGAAUUGUUGUGAAAGCCUGUUGGACGUUGCGUGGGAACCCAAUUCUCCAAUGUGAGCCUUUAAUAGCAAAACGUUUAAGACAUGGAAUUUUUUUGGUUUUUGAUUUGCACAAGAAAAGGUCAGACGUAUCACCUCUGUUAGCAUAUCUGGAUUAUAAAAAUGCAUUCUUUUUAAAAGACUUGCACUUUUAGGAAGGGUUUAACUUAUUCUAAUGAAACCAAGAAAUGGCAUUUAUGAAAACAAACAUUUCCUGUACCAAUUGUGAUGGAUGGGUGCUUUGCUAAAAGCUCUCCUGUCUUUGCUCUUGUUUUCUGAUGAAGAGCGGCUUUGUAAGUAGAGCUUUUUCUUUCCUGUCCUCCGGUCACUUUGCUUUCAGUGACGUUUUUUUUUUUUCGGUUUUUGGACGACACCAGAGCGAUCUGUAUUCUCGGUCUCAUUCCAGCGUGAUUCUCAUUCACCUCUGAGACACUACUGACAUUUCAGCAUCACUGAUGCACAUUGACAGGUUGUGUAAAACAGUUAGGAAGUUAACAUGCCCCCCGGAGAGAUCUGUUAUUUGUGGGAAGUUGUUGUUAUUAUAUUUUAUUUUAAAUCACUUUAAUGGUGUGUAUGGAAUUCCACUUCUCCACCAACACAGUACUGGUGCUGUACAGGGAAUCAGCUAUUUUUUUUUUCCAUUUUUUUUUUUCCCUUAAUAAGCAGCCCACAUUUUCCACCAUUCGAAGAUAUGAACGAUUAUGCAACAUGACCAGGUGUAGGAGUUUCCCUAAUGGAAAAAAUAAGCGUGUAGGAUGGUUCGAGAACACACAUUACCAUUUAGGGUCAAAUAUUUCAGCAUCUGUUCACAGCGCAGAUAUUUCCCUAGACAAUUGACAUGCAAGAUGGAUGCAUGUUUGUGCUUCUCUUAGUAAAGCUGCUCGAACGAAGUCUUAUGUUUUUCAGGUAAGAGUGCCGAACGUCUCUUUCGGAGAUUUAUGAUUCAUACUCGUGAUAUCAAUUUUGAUCUAAUUAUUUCAAACCAACACUGUUCACGUCUUAUUUAAAUAACCGGGUGUUGUCAUGGCAACAUGAAAUCCGACAUCUCUGGUUCUUGGUUCUGGCCCAGCAGUAUUUUUGUGCUGAAACAGAGAACCAGAUACGGAAACGUACAGAAGGUUAUUUUCUUGUUGUUUUUUUUUUGUUUUGUUUUGUUUGUGUUUAACACCAGCACCAUGUUGGUGGAAAAGGGCACAACCGUCUUUUUUCACCUCUCAGCCUGAACCACUUCACAUUUCACUUGUAUCUAAUCACCCCCCCCCUUUUUUUUACUUAAUUUUACUUUAAUCCAAAUGUGAUGAGCUAUUUACCACAAAGCAGACUAAUUGAACAGUCCUCAAUCGUGUAAACCAGUCUUAAUAAAGUACAUAUGUCAUUACGUGCUCCUCAUGUCAGGUUUGUCAUCUGUCCCUCUUUUAGCACCGGUGUGUGUGGUGGUGUUGUGACUCACAUUCACUCAUGUUCCAUGGAAAAGAUGUCAUUCUUCUCAUCUGAACUGAUUGCACAGCAGGUGUGAGGGUUUGGGUUGAAAGCGGCUGCCUCUUAGUUUGUGAGUGGGUUGGAUUGUUUGCACUUUACAGCCGAUUAUCAUCACACUCUCAGACAGGGGAGUGAUGUUGUAAUCAUGCCUCUUACCAACACAGCCAAAACACCUUCCCUAGGAAAAAAAAAAAAGCAUAAUGAAUGAUGACGUGGCAGCAGUUUCAUAAAGAAGCUAGUUCGCUUUUGUUGAAAUGUUAAAAGCGGGGUUUUUUUUUUCCUUCCCAUUUACUGUCCUGGUGGCAUUAGGACUCCUGCAUCAAUCAAAACCAGCCAUGAAUACUCAUGCAAAGUGGAACCAUUUGCACCUUUAAUGCACAAAUGUGAACAGCUUAAAGAUGGAGUCUGAAUGGAGAAAUGUUUGUUUGAAACAGGAAAUCACGCUGGCGGCUUGUUUCCACAGCACGCGGAAAUAUAUUUAAAUAUAAUACAAGCUAAUCUAUCCAUCUGAUGUACCUGCAUUAGCAGGUCACCUUCCAUUCCAUGGAACAAUAUCUGAGAGGGAUACACUAUCUGUUUGAGAUACAUCACACUACCUGAACGAUGUGGGGUUUUUUUCUUCCUAAUGUCUUAGUCUCAACCAUACUUUUAAAACCUGAAACUGUAUUUAAAGGGUCUUACAGCUAGACACCCCUGUUUAAGAACUCUAAUAUCCAACAUAAUCCAGCUCCACAGCCACCAUGUUGAGGACUACUGCUGUCUCAAAUUACCUCAUUUAUGGUUUUAACAGGAAGAAUAAAUUGUGGCAUUUAAGAACAUAUAAUAUCCCACAUGCUGUGUUUAGUUCUUCACACCUCUGAGCGUUUAUGAAUAACUUACUCACUUGGUUUGAGUAAAACAAUUCAGAGAUGAGCUACAAAGGACAGUGAUUCAACACUAUUUACUAUCCAGAGAUACUAGUGGCAUCUUUCUAGUACUUUCAAGACUAGUGGGUGUUACAUGACCUACAAUGUUGGCGGAGUUGUUUUCCCUGCUUCUGCUUUCAGAUUGUAAGAGUAUGUGGGAGUGUAUUUUUGCUGGCACUUUUCUAGAGUGUUGCUAGGCUGAAAAGUUUGGCUUUUUUCACUUGGAAAAACUUGUGCAGUUGCAGAUCGCCUCCACAAGGGGGUGCUGUGAAUCCAUGUAUGCAGUGAAUCAUGGGGGGGUGAAAACGUAUGAAUGAAUCACACACCAGACUUUCAUUAAAGAACGUUGUUGUAUUUGACAAUGGAAGUCAAAGAAUAAAUAAAAUAUACAUACACAACAAA